AUGGUGAAUGCAUGUCAGAAAGCAUCUGCUGCUGCAAAGUCAAUGAAACAGCAAGGACGUCCACCUGUCAACAAAUCAGCAAGGACUACCCAACAACAGAUAAAAUCUACAGCAGGUGUGGCUGAAGACAUACCAGCACCUGCCAUAAAGCCAAAACCAACUCCACAGGCAGUCCCAAAGUGGGUCCAUGUGCUUCCUCUCAAAAGUCCAGUGUCAUCUGACUUGGACAGACAUGCCAUUGAGCUCAAAACUGCCAAGAAUGAAGCUGCAGCUAUACUUGCAGGGAUGGCAGAUAGUGGAACAGUUAAUGAGGAGAAUGAUAACUUUUUCACCAACCUCAAUGACUUGGCACUUGGCAAGCCUGAGAUUGAACAGCAAUUGGAGGAUGAAGAUAGUAACAUAGAAUAUGACAAUGGUGCUGCAUUAGAGAUUGAGGGAAAUGUUGAUGAUGAUGAGGAUGGGGAUGACAGUUUCAACAUUAGUCUUCUGGUUCCAAUUGAGGGUGUCAUUGACACUAUGGUCAUUAGCUCCAACAUCUCAUGGGGGAUUUCUGCACACCUGUCUGUAGCUCAUUUAGAUAUGUAUCACAAUGGCAAGUGA